AUGCGACGCACCAAACAAGAUGUCUCGAUUGGUAUCAUCGGGAUGGGCGAUAUGGGCAAGAUGUAUACCCAGCGCCUGAGCGAUGCAGGAUGGAGUGUAGAGGCCGGCGUCAUCGACAAGGUCGUGGCACAGUACGGGCCAUCAACCAAGGUCGGUGCAAUCGUUGGCGGCCAAACGUCCUGCAAGGCCCCGGAACUUGCAGCGUUCGAUCGACACCUUCCUCCAGAUGUAGAAAUCGUAUCCUGCCAUUCGCUCCACGGCCCCAAAGUCAACCCGAAAGGGCAGCCCCUGGUCCUGAUUCAACAUCGCGCCUCGGACGAGAGUCUCCGAUUCGUGGAAGAAAUCCUGUCGUCCUUCGGGUCCAAGCAUGUCUAUCUCACCGGCGAGAUGCAUGACCGCAUCACUGCCGAUACGCAGGCCGUCACCCACGCAGCCUUCCUCAGCAUGGGCACCGCGUGGUGCGCCAACAAGCAAUUUCCCUGGGAGAUCUCGCGCUGGGUGGGCGGUAUCGAGAACGUCAAGAUCAACAUCACCCUGCGCAUCUACUCGAAUAAAUGGCACGUCUACGCCGGACUCGCCAUCCUCAACCCGGCCGCUAAGCGACAGAUCCGCCAGUAUGCCGAGUCGGUCACGGAGAUGUACAAACUCAUGAUUGGAGGACAUCGACAGGAACUCAAGGAACGAGUGAAAGCGGCUGGUGCCUCGGUCUUUAGGGCUGGCACUGAGGGUCAAGACCUCCUGCUGAAGGAUGAAGUGCUGGAUCGGUUUUCUCUGUCCAACCGAUCGCGCGAGACGUCGCCUCCGAACAGCCAUCUCAGUCUGCUGGCUAUUGUCGACUGCUGGUCCAAGCUCGGCAUUGUUCCCUACGACCAUAUGAUCUGUUCCACCCCGCUCUUUCGUCUGUGGCUGGGUGUGACCGAGUACUUGUUCCGCAACCCCGAUCUCCUCGACGAGGCCCUUGAUACAGCGAUUGACGACACCACGUUCCGUUCGGAUGAUCUCGAGUUUACAUUUGCUGCACGGGCCUGGUCCGACUGCGUCUCCUUUGGAGACUUCGAAUCCUACCGUGACCGGUUCGAGCGAAUUGCCCAGUACUUCGCGCCACGCUUCCCCGAAGCUGCCACUCUUGGCAACGAAAUGAUGAAGACUAUCCUGGAGAAGACCAGCUCGGACAAGUCAUGA